AACCACGCACAGCAAACUACUCGGGCCAGCAAGAAGGUCCUGGUGAAGAUAGGGAAGAGGAGUAAGUUGCUGGGCGAGGAAGAGGGGGAGUACAGGUACAGGUACAAGAUCCGUUUAUCUAUGGUUAAAGACAGUGUGAGUCCAAGCGAUGUUGCGGAUGCUUUGAGUCAGUCAGCGGAAAGUGUGGCGGGUUAGACGGUUGGUGAUGUUGCGUUGGCGAUGGGUGAUCUGAAGAUGGGCGCUACGUACAAGGCUAUCCUGCGGCGAGUGAAGCUGGAUACUGACGUGCAUGGCGUUGCUGACGAGCCUACGGAAGAUGAAUCAUAGCAUAUUAAUGUUCAGGGAAAUGUCUCGACACCGCCAAAGCCAGCUACGCCGUUGGAAGAGCCGGCGGGUGAAAAUGAUGAGCUUUUAUGCGAGAGCGAGCGGCAGAAUACCUUGCAGAACGAAGAGGAAGAUAAUGGAGCAUGAUGGGAAGAGGGAGAAAGUUGCAUCCCUGCGAUUGAAUCAGAUUAAGGGUGCUCUUUCCGGGAUCGAAUACAAGGUGGUCAAAAUCUCUGCGCCGAGUAAAGACUGGCUGGGCGAGGAGAGUGAUGGCAAGGCUUUCAGCGGGAAGAGAUCGGUGUGUGUCUGUGUUGCCUUGGAAGUAAAUGAGGCCGAGGUGAAGGAGAUGGGUGGUGAUAGAUUGACAUGGGUGUCGAAGGAACAUGUUCUGGCAACGAAGGAGAGUUAGUGGAAAUUGGCUGUCGCCAAUACUCGUCUCAUGAGACCGUUGUCCCCGAACUUGUGAACAUUCGUAG